UUGAUGAAUCCUGAAACAUGUAAUCGUGUCUUCGCAGUAGAUGCUCACGCCUUGACAUUUUUUUUCUUCUAAAUUAUUUAUUCAAAGGAUAUAUAAGGAGUGAAAAUGAAUCUUUCCAGAAGAAGCGAAAGUGAUUGGCAAGGUUUAGUGAACGAGUUCCUGGUGUGCAAGAGAAAGCUGGAGAGCAAGAAAGAGGCACUGCUGAUCUUAUCUAAAGAGCUGGACACCUGCCAACAGGAGCGCGAUCAAUUUAAAUUAAUGGCAAACCAGCUCCGUGAGCGGCACCAAGGGCUGAAGAAAAAGUACAGAGAGCUCAUAGAUGGUGACCCCUCUCUGCCUCCUGAAAAAAGAAACCAAGUCAAUCUGGCCCAGUUACUCAGAGACUCCCGAGAACAGAACAAACAGCUGAGUGAAGAGUUGAAGGAACUGAGCCAACGUUUAACAGAGGUGCAGGGGGAUAACAAGCUGCUGAGGAUGACCAUCACAAAGCAGCGUCUAGGGGAUGAGGAGGUAGGGGCUCGCCACUUUCCAGCCCACGAGAGAGAAGAUCUUGUUCAGCAGUUAGAAAGAGCUCAAGAACAGAAUGAAGCACUGGAGCAAAGCUUAAAGGCAGCCACAGAUGAACUCCAGGAUGUGAGAGCAGAGUGUAAAGUGUACCAGGAGAAAGCCCAUAGACUAAAUCUGGAAAUCAACCACAUCCUGGGUAGCCAUGAGAACUGCAUCCUGGAUAUAGAUGCUCUAUGUAUGGAGAACAGAUAUCUGCAUGAGUGUCUUUUGCAGCUUCAGGAGGAGGUCAGUCUCCUCAAAUCAAAUGUCAUGAAGUACAAGAAUGCUUUAGAAAGCAAGAAGAACUGCAAAGGCAAUGGCAAAAACAACAGCAGUGCUCUGACCGGUGUCCUGUCUGCCAAACAAGUGCAAGAGCUUUUGCUGUCUGAGGAGAAUGGGUGCAGUCUCCCAGUCACUCCUCAGUCCAUUAGUGAUCUGAAGUCUCUGGCCACAGCUCUGCUGGAGACCAUUCAUGAGAAGAACAUGGUCAUUCAGCAUCAACGCCAAACCAACAAAAUCCUGGGAAACCGGGUUGCAGAACUGGAGAGGAAGUUAAAAACAUUGGAAGUGUCUGGGUUGUGGAGUCUUCCAGGCAUCACCUACAAUGUGUCUCUUGGACUUGGGAGAAGGAAUGCUGUUAUUGUCCUUAGUGACUCUCAACAUGUUCAGUCCACCACAGAACAGUCAGUACAUCUAACACCAGAGUCAAUGGGAGAUGAAGAGAUAGUGACUGGAGAAGAGGUCACAGAGGACACUGGACUCAGUACAGACAUCAGCCAAGAUGACUGUCAAGCUGUAGCAGUUGAGGUGAACCAAACGAGUGGUUAUUUAAGCACCACAUAUUUGGUCUCUCAAACUCCACAAUCCAGUAAACCAGUGAAAAGUAUCCUGCCUUUGGCGAGCACAAAGUGUAAAUCCCUUGCUUGUUGUGACUCUGAGAAGCCUGUGUGUCUUGCAGAAAGCAGAUCAGAAAAAUUUGAGAUUCGAGCACGACAAAACAAUGAAGAUUUGGAAAGCCUACAUCAAUCUAUGAACAGGGAAGUGUCUUUCAAAAGUUUGGAACAAGAGGCUGAGAAUUAUGUUCCUGUUGUUUAUUCUGAGGUGAACAGCUUGCCUUUGGCAUCAGAGACUUGUGACAAUUUUGACUGUAUCUCUACAUCAGAGCCUUGUACAUCAGAACAGCAAAGAGAACGAUCAGUUGAUGAAGAAACUGAGCAUGCUUCCCUAAACACAAGUCCUCUUGCUCAAAAUCCAUUACACCAGAAAUGAAUGUCAUUCAAAAAUGUAUAAAGAAAACCUCCAUUGUUUUAAAACCUUAAAACUUAAAAAGAUGUGUUCUGCACUUUAUUCUUAAAAGUACACAAUGGAAAUGACUGCGGCAAGAGGAUUAAUGAAGAUUAAUUUUAACAUUAAUCUUAAAUUAAAACUAUGGAAAUUGAACAUGAAUUCCUAAAUGUUAAAAAUAAACAAAGAAAUAUUAAGCAGAAUGUAAACCGCGGGGUGGCUAUUAAAAUGAACAAUGUUGUAAAGAAAGCACUUUCUGGGAGGGUUUCUGAGAUUUGAGAUCAUCAAGAAUGUCAGGUGAUGUGUUGUAUGUGCAGUCACCAUUUGCACAUGUGAUGGUACUACCAGCUGAACUAUAAAACUCGUGUUUUUUU